GAUUUUCGAAUGACUAAAACCACGCUGCUACUAAAGUCACAGCAAAAUAAUUGUAUGACAAAUAAACCAUAAACGUGUUCCGAAAUAGGUUAUUUAAUACAAUUGAAUAAAAAUAAAUUAAUAACAAUUUAUAAAAAACUAAAUUAAUAAUGCAAGAAAAAAAACAAACUAUUAUAAAAUGGCCAAUUGAAAAUUUAAAAAGUCUUGUUGAAGAUAAAAAAUCACGUAUUUAUUGCAAACAUGUUAAAAAACAUGUAGCAUUGCAUCCUUAUCAUUUAAAUGAUUUUAAAAAAAGUAUUGGAGAUGUUUUAAGACCUGGUGUUAAUAGUUAUGAUCCUGAAUUGAAAGGACUUGUUUUGGAGUAUAAAAAUCCCAAGUUAGUCAGUGAACUUGGUGCUGUAUUUUUUGACUCACAUUUUAUUCAUGUUGACAUUGAAGCUGAAUUUUAUACAUUUAAACCAAAAGUUGGUUGUAAAUUGAAAGGAAUUAUAAAUAAAAAACUUAAUGGUCAUCUUGGAGCUUUGAUUUAUCAGACAUUUAAUGCUUCUAUCAUUAGUCAUGAUGAGGAUAAAGAAUUAUGGCAGAAGAGUGAUUUAAGUGUUGGCAAUGAAGUCAAUUUUAUUGUCACACAAAUUGACUUGAAGGGUCGUUUGCCUUUUAUACGAGGAAGACUUGUAAAAGAAGAAGAAGAAGAAGAACAAGAGGAAGAGGAAGAAAAAGAAGAGGAAGCACAAGAAUUUCCUGCAGAAGAAUCAAUGGAAAAUGAAGCGAAAGAUGAAUUAGACUCUGAAAGUUUUGAAAAUGAUAAGCUUGAAGAUGAAAAUGCUGAAAAAGAAAUUGCUAAUGAACUGAAAUUAAAGAAGAAAGAAAAAUCAAGGCUUAAAAAAGAAAAGCUAGAAAAUCAAGCAAAAGAUGAAUUAAACUUUGAAAGUUUCGAAAAUGAUAAACUUGAAGAUGAAAAUAAUAAACUUGAAGAUGAAGAUGCUGAAAAAGAAAUUGCUAAUGAAUUAAAAUUAAAGAAAAAAGAAAAAUCAAGGCUGAAAAAAGAAAAGCUAGAAAAUGAACGACUUGAAGAGGAAAGAAUUGAAAAAGAAAAUUCUCAUAAACUUAAAUUGGAAAAAAAAGAAAAAUCAAGAUUAAAGUAA